GGGUAACUGAAAAUUUUCAGUACUCAGUUCGCUUCGGAGCUGGUUAGUCGUUUUUCGCAUCCAGUAUUUCCAUUCAAAAUUAACCGAACAAAAUUUCCGGCCUAAAUUUUCAGUUUCGGUCAAGAGCAACCAAUUUCACUAAAACAGAAUGGUAUUUAAAUUGACUUUGGCUCACGGACUGUUCCGCUCUCCGCGCAUUCACAGUGUCGUGGGCAGGUGUGUUCGUUACAAGUCUGGUUGCCAGAAGAAGGGUGAGGACAAAUGUCCCAAGAAAUUCGCAAAGUUCCCUUGCGGUAAGCCCGAGUUAAUAGUGACAAAGAAGGAAGAAAAGAAAAAGGUGACCAAGGAGCCAUCCAUGUGGCUGAACCCAUUCUGUGAGCCAGACGAUCUUCACUGCCCAUUUAACCCGCGCUUCGACGACAUCUACUAUGUGGAGUCUGACAAGGCCAAGCGGAAAUACUGGCAGACUUGGGUGGCCUGCCCGCCCAUCCAGAUAAAGCCGAAGAAGAUCUGCUGCUACGCGAAGGCCAAGCCAGCGCCGACCAAACGACGAAAGCCCUCCGCAAAGCCCUUAACUGCCUGCCCACAGCCAUGCCCACCAAAGAGUGAAGGUGACUGUCCCAAACUCGCCCGGCGCUGUCAUCGAGAUGGCCGUAGACCGCCCACCUGCAAGCCUGGUCGUGGGCCCUCUGACUGUGUAAAGCCUCUGGCUCCCUAUCCUUCGUACUCCGAGUGCAAUCACCCCGAGAUCAGACCCCCUCCCGCUGUAGAGUGCUUUUGCCUGAAAACGCCUAUGCUCUGCGAAGUUUGGGAGCGAUACCGGCAAGAGGCAGCCCGAAAGCUUAGGAAGUGAUCUGCGCAGUAGCCACAAUAUAUAAAAAAAAUUUAACAUUUAUUGUUUUCGGUAAAUAAAGCGAUUCCGAGUGCUUGCCAUAGUCCAAUCAAAAAGGA